UAUCUAGCAAACAGUUUAGGAAGUCCCUAUGCCUCGCUGUAUUGAAUGUGAGGUUACCGUUGAGAGGAUCAUUAACGUUAAGACAAACACGGUAGAGAAGUGCCCGUGCUGCGGUCUCAGUUGCGACACCUAUUACGAGUUCGGCACAACGCAGAAGUGGAUCGAUGCGGUGCUACUGCAGCGAUCGGCUUGGGUUCACAUCCUUUUUAACGAAGAUGUUAGACUCCCAAUUCAUUUGGCCUUUGCAAUAGCCUGCUGCUUUAUCGAGGCAUUUGUAGUUCGUAGUUUCUAUGUGAUAACUUCCUUUUCUGCGGACACGGCACCAACCCUUCAAAUUGUGAAGAUCGUGAAAGGUCCUUUGUAUCCGAUGAUGAAUUAUGCGACAACGCUACCUAAACUUUUUUCCUACGCACUUAGUGAGCAUUUUCUGUUAUUAGCAGCAAUGACUUGGGUAGGCAGUCGUUCAACAUUGAAAGGAGUGAAUUAUGAACAGGUUUUUUCCACAUGGGUGAAGGCAAUCAGCAUCGCUACAUCCGUAAAGCUUUUGUAUUGCUUAUUCUUUAUUUGGAAUAUAUCUUUGUCUCUUCUUUGGCUGAUUGAUGGAUUAUUUUGUGUGUGGAUAAUAAGGGGCUUUCUCACACUGAUGUCAGACAAAUCUUUAUACUAUGUGAUUCCAAGAGUUUUAUUGUGCAUCGGGUGUCGAGUCUUGUUCCGCCAUCUGACAGGGUGGUGCAGCCAGAUUAUAAUGUAGGUGAACUAGUGUGGCAGUUCUUCUCUUUAACACUUCGUUGAGGUUCCUUGAAUUAGGUCAAUUGGAUCAUCAAAGCAACUUCAAUCAUGUUU